UUCACUCCCUUGCCAAAGCCGAGAACAUCUGUCGAUCACAUUAAUAAAUUCUUUUGGGAGGGAAAGUGACCUUCUAAGUGGUGCUAGUUCUCAAAGGAAAAUGAAUUCCACAUGUCUCCCCUUUGACCAUUUGGAUGCAGAAGACGUUGGUCUGGUUAAGUUUUCAGCCUCCUCUUUUAACCUGAAGAUGCAGAAGCUGAACCCACAACAUCAUUUUGGAUGUGUGUGCAAGCAACUCCAAGAAAAUCUUCCUGAGAGCUGCUGGCCAUGUGAGGCCACAGAGUUUCAUAAGAAGUUGGCUUGUUACCCAGUGUUUCGUUUGGAUACCAGGAAGGGAGCUUCUAACGGCGGCGGGAGAAACCACAAGUCUGAUCCCUGAAUGAACAAGGGAGCACUCAGAUCUCCAGGCUGAGCAAAGGGCAGCUAGGAAGCUGAGGAGAAAGGAGUUUUUGAGUCACAAAGUUUCUCUAGGACACCCUCUCAUAAAACCACAAGGACAGCCAAGCUUUUGGAUCGUUAGUAAUGCCACAGGGGAAAACGACGAGCUUAAACUGGUCCAAGAUGAGGGUGCCCCUUCUCCUGCUCUUGGCUUCUUCUCUGCAUGCCACAAGACUACUGGGUGAAAAAGCCUUCCCAAAGAGAGAGGCCCGGAAGGUUUCAUCAUGUGUGCGAUGCUGUGGGCCGGCUGAGCAGCCCAGCUCCAUCACCGCUUCCCGCUACACUCGGAUGACCAGCGACUCCGUCUAUGCCAUGCCCAGGAUCCAGCCCACCAUCAACAUCACAAUCUUGAAAGGUGAAAAGGGUGAAAUGGGAGAGCGAGGAAUUUCUGGCCUGGAAGGCAAAGCGGGUGAACGAGGCCUUCGCGGUCAUAGCGGCCAGAAAGGGCAAAAAGGCCACAUUGGGCUACCAGGAAACUCCUGCAAGCAACAUUACGUGGCCUUUUCUGUGGGCCGGCGGAAACCCCUCCACAGUUCUGACUACUACCAGCACGUCACUUUCGACACCGAGUUCGUCAACCUCUACAAACAUUUCAACAUGUUCACGGGGAAGUUCUUCUGCUAUGUGCCGGGGAUCUACUUUUUCAACCUCAAUGUCCACACCUGGAACUACAAGGAAACCUAUCUCCACAUCAUGAAGAACGACAACGAGGUGGCCAUUCUCUACUCGCAGCCCAGCGAGCGGAGCAUUAUGCAGAGCCAGAGCCUCAUGCUCGACCUCCACGAAGGGGACGAGGUCUGGGUGCGGAUGUUCAAGCGGGAGAGGGAGAAUGGCAUCUACAGCGAGGAGUCGGACAUCUACAUCACCUUCAAUGGCCAUUUGAUUAAGCCAGCCGUAGAGUAACAGGCUCCAGGUCUAACAUAGGAUAAGUGGUCCCACCUGUUCUCUCGAGGGGGCGUGUCCAUGGACUGCUUACCUACGUGGGAUCCAAGAGAAAUUUGGAAGGGUAACCCAUGAACAAGUGCUUUGAUGCUUGCUGUUUCCACCAGGGCCUCAUCUGCACCAUAAAGCAGUAUCCAAACACUUUAGGCAGCCAUGUCUUCUCCCAAGGAAUCCUGGGAAGUGCAGUUUGUGGUUGGUGGAAGACCCCUAUUCCCCUCCAUUAGCUACAGCACCCAGACUUUUAAAUUUGAUUGUCCCACACUUGUUUGCUGUUGUUAUUGUUCUGUUUGUUUUAUAUACCUUAAACUUGAUGUAAAAACUUAAUUCUUUAAAAAAAGAAUAGGGGUUUCCUAACAC